AUGAAGAAAACAUUUGAGAGUAAUUUGAAUAAAUCCGAGAAACGUUUAACACGAAUAUCAAGUGCUCCUUCAUUCGAUCAUUCAAACGAAUUUGAUUAUAAACAUGAUACAAAAUAUCUAUGGAAAGUAUUGAAACAGUGUGAGACAGCUCAUAAAUUAGAUUUAGAUUUUAUUCUUCAUUUUUUAUCAUCAUAUAAUUGUGAACAACGUAUGGUACUUGUUCAUGGUAUUGAAUAUGAAUAUAAGUAUAACCUUAUUAAUAUGGUACUUGAACGAUCUGAAUCUCCGAUGCGUUCAUGUACAUUAGCAAUGUUAAUUGAGCCAAUUGAAUUAUAUGUACGUGAUUUUCAUGAUUUACUUGUAUUAAAACAAACUGCUAAAAGUAAUAUUGAUAUAUCAAGAAAAUUAGUGGAAAUCUUAUUAGCAUUAAAUAAUGAUGACAUCAAAAUAUUCAAAGCAACAUAUAAAAAUUUAUUUCAAAGUUGUGUUGAAAAAUAUAUUGAAAGCAUUGAAGGUGAAAAAAGUAUUUUAUCACAAUUACUUAUUGAAUUACUUGAAGGACAACGGUUGGAAGAACCUGAUCAAUCAAUGUCAACAGCAAAAUUAAUUGCUAAAAAACUAUAUGAAGCUGGUGAAAAUACACCUGGCAUUGAUUAUGAUACAUUUAUAAACAUUUUUACACGUGAUCCUUUUUCACAAUUAUCAACUAUAUUUGAUAUAUAUGAAGACAAAUAUGGACGACCAAUACAAGAAGCAAUCGAACAUGAAUUUCAAGGUCAAAUUGAAACCGAAUGUUUUCAAGAUAUGGUUGAAUAUACACGAUCACCAGGUAGUUAUUAUAGUAAAAUUCUUCGACAAGCAUUAGAUAAAAAACCAAUUGAUUAUAUAACAUUAAUAAGGAUUAUUAUUGGUCAUGAAAGUAAGGAUUUAUGUGAAAUCAAAUUAGAAUAUUCAAAAAUUUACGAUGAAACACUUGAUGAAACAAUAGGAAAUCGUAUUGAUAUUGCAGAAAUAAAACAUUUAUUUGUAAUGAUAAUUACAACUGGACAAAAUGUAACAUCAAGUAAUUGUCGAAACGUUCGUUUGGAUCAUAAAAUUAAUAAUAGUUCAACUGGUUCAGGAAUAAGUCCAAUAACAACGAGUGCUAUGCGACUGAGAAAAAAUCUUUCUUAUGACGCACUUGAUAAACUUGCUCAUGUAUUUAAAAUAAGACGUCCGCAUUAA